AUGUGAUAGCUGCUCCGCUCUAACGUUAUUACAUACACAUGCUGGCUGCCUGCGUUCUCGCUGCUGGAACACGGAGCCUUCAAAACUCAAGCCAGAAUAGUCCGAUCAGAGCAGAGGGAAGGAGCUGUGUGCCUCUGGACGAGCGGAGAGAGAACGGAGUGUUACCGAUAGAUUAUAGAGCUCUGGGUAAUAACGGCAAUUACGGACCGUUUUGGUUUGCAUUCUAUGAAAGAUCGUUUUUACCGACGAGCCUUGGACAGUUGGACUAUUUCGUUAAGAUUUGUGUGUUUUUUGGUGGUUUUUUUUUGGUGAUUUUUUUAUUUUUUUUUGGACAAGUAAAUACGCUGGAGGGAGAAAGUCAAAGGAAAUACAAAACAAAUAUCUUGUCACUGGUUUGGAGGCAACCAAAACACUCACUUUAGAUAUCUGCUAGAGAAAGCAUCAAUUCCGUGGACUAAAAACCGCUACGGACUUCUGAAUGAAUUCAUACAGAUUUGAUAAUUUAUUUUCCAUAAUUUCUUUGUAAUAGAAUAUUAUCUGGAAUGGAAUUGACGUUUUAUGUAUUUUUUCUCGUUAUUCUGAACGCCGCAGUGGCCAGAAUGGUUUUGAAUCUUUUAAAUGAUUGAAUUGAAAUAACGGGGCAGAAAAUAUUAUUAAUAAAAAAUAAAAAAAAUAAACAAAACAAGUGUUAAACGGGUGAGAAUCGAUAUCGACUUUUGUGUUGAACACCGAACCACAGACCAACGUCUUCCCGGUGGAGACGCGUGUUACCGUGACCGGAGAAAACAGUUUGCACGAGGAAGAAGACUUUCACGGCGACUUCUUGUCUCCGGGAUUGGGAAGGGUGAAACUUCACCUCGGAAAAUGGAUAUAUUACCGUGGCUCUGUGGAUGUUUACUGGCCGUUUGUUUACCACAAGUAGUGAUCGGUGAAGAAGGUGAGGCGUGUGGCGGACAUUUUGACGCCAGCAAUGCCGGGUACAUCACCACCCCAGGGUAUCCUCUGGAGUACCCCCCUCACCAGAGCUGUCGCUGGGUCGUCACCGCCCCAGAACCUUCCCAGCGUAUCGUCCUCAACUUCAACCCCCACUUUGAACUGGAGAAGCUAGACUGCAGAUAUGACUUCAUAGAGAUCCGCGAUGGAAACAGUGAGAAUGGAGACCUGUUGGGGAAACACUGCAGUAACAUCGCCCCUCCUGCCAUCAUCUCCUCCGGCCCCGUGCUCCACAUCAAGUUCGUCUCUGACUACGCUCACCAGGGAGCUGGUUUUUCACUGCGCUACGAGAUCUUCAAAACGGGUUCAGACUGCUCCCGUAACUUCACCAGUCAGAACGGGAUCAUUGAGUCUCCGGGGUUCCCUGAUAAAUACCCUCAUAACCUGGAGUGUUCCUUUAUAAUCAUCGUGCCCCCGGCCAUGGACGUGGCCCUGACAUUCCUGACCUUUGACCUGGAGAACGACCCCCUCCCCGGGGGAGAGGGAGACUGCAAGUACGACUGGUUGGAGGUCUGGGACGGUCUGCCACAGGUGGGGCCUCUGAUAGGACGUUAUUGUGGAACUAAGAUCCCUCCUGAAAUCACGUCGUCUACAGGUAUCCUGUCUCUGUCCUUCCACACGGACAUGGCCGUGGCCAAAGAUGGCUUCUCUGCUCGCUACAACAUGACACACAAAGAAGUCAGCGACACCUUCCAUUGCAGUAAUGCGUUGGGUCUGGAGUCAGGGAAGAUCUCUGACGACCAGAUCACUGCCUCCUCUUCCUUCUAUGACAACACCUGGUUGCCACGGCAGGCCCGCCUUAACAACGGCAACAACGCGUGGACGCCCAACGAGGACAGCAGCAAGGAGUACAUCCAGGUGGAUCUCCAUGUCCUGAAGGUGUUGACGGGUAUCUCUACCCAGGGAGCGGUGUCCAAGGAGACCCAGAAGUCCUACUACGUCACCACCUUUAAGCUGGAGGUCAGCACCAACGGAGAGGACUGGAUGGUCUACCGAUACGGCAAGAACCACAAGAUUUUCAAUGCCAACACAGACUCUACUGAGGUGGUUCUGAACCGGAUCCCCCAGCCUGUUCUGGCCCGGUUCGUACGCAUCAGACCCCAGGCCUGGAAGACAGGCAUCGCCCUGCGCUUCGAGCUCUACGGGUGCCAGAUCACUGACGCUCCAUGUUCUGAGAUGCAGGGGAUGCUGUCCGGCCUGCUGCCCGACUCCCAGAUCACAGCGUCAUCCCUGAGGGAUAUCCACGGCUCCAUGGGGACGGCCAGGCUGGUAGCCAGCAGGUCAGGAUGGUUCCCCAGCCCAACACAGCCUCUGGCCGGGGAGGAGUGGCUCCAGGUGGACUUGGGGGUCCCCAAGACAGUACGAGGCGUCAUCACUCAGGGGGCGAGGAGCGUGGAGGGGAGUACGUCGGCUGAGAACAGGGCCUUCGUCAGGAAGUACCGCGUGUCUCACAGCCUGACGGGCAAGGACUGGACUUUUAUACUGGACAGAAAGACCAACCAUCCUAAGAUCUUCGAGGGCAACACACACUACGACACCCCAGAGAUCCGUCGGUUUGAGGAGCUGCCGGCUCAGUUCAUCAGGAUCUACCCAGAGAGGUGGUCUCCUGUCGGGAUUGGGAUGAGGCUGGAGGUGCUGGGAUGUGAACUGCCAGAAAUGACUACUCUUCCUGACACUGCCACAACCCCACUGCCUAGACUAGAGGAGACCACCGCUGCCUCGAGAGGACCAGGCACUACUGUGUGGUCUCUGGGCGGUCUGUGUGACUUUGAGUCCAGUCUGUGUGGCUGGAUUCCAGACAGCAUGUCAGAGCUGAGCUGGUCUCUCCACAGCGGCAGCAUCUCGUCUGGUCUAACACCCAGUCUGGAUCUACCUCUCUCUCUGCCCAAAGACGACGUGGGUAACUUCCUCCACAUCGAGGCCAGCCCCAGGACAGAGAGGCAGCGAGCCCGUCUGGUGAGCCCCGCUGUGGGGCCUGAGAGAGGGCCGCUGUGCCUGCUCUUCAACUACCAGCUCCAGGGGCCCGAGAACCAGGGCCUUGGGUCCCUCAGGAUCCUCAUCAGAGACAAAGACCGGGAGGAAACUCUGCUCUGGGCCCUCAGAGGAGACCAGGGGUCCGUGUGGAAGGAGGGGCGCACCAUCCUGCCCCAGUCACCCAAAGAGUACCAGGUGGUGAUUGAGGGCUUCUUUGAGCACAGCAACCGAGGACACAUCUGGAUCGACAAUAUCCACAUGAGCUCCAGUACUGAGCUGGAACAGUGUACCCAACCCUUCGCUGCAUUCCCUCCUGACAUGACUGAGCGGAGGCCUAUUGACUCUGGAAAUAAACCACUUUACAACGGCAGAGAACGAAUGAAUGGAGGUUUCCCGUUCCCAGAGUGGAGUACCUCCGGCCCGUCCAUGGACCCCCCUGUGACACACGUCUCUGAGAAGGACAACUCGUGGCUGUACACCCUGGAUCCUAUCCUGGUCACCAUCAUCGUCAUGUCUUCCCUGGGCGUACUGCUGGGGGCGGUGUGUGGCGGCCUGCUGCUCUACUGCACCUGCUUCUACAGCGGCCUGUCGUCACGGAGCUCCACCACAUUGGAGAAUUACAACUUUGAGCUGUACGACGGGAUCAAACACAAGGUGAAGAUCAACCAGCAACGCUGUUGCUCUGAGGCCUAGGGCUGUUUAAGGUGCUGGGAGGUCUUGUGCUUCAAGCCCUAAGGCUUUCCCAACUCAAGGACCUUAACUGUGUGACGAACAGAGAGACACAAGCCAAACCCUUGUCCCCUCCUCUCGGGGGUCUCUUCUCUGCCUGCAGGAGAGACCCUGAUCAAUCAAAGCUCGUGAAUGAACCACACUUACCUGCCAUGAUGCCACACGUACUGGCCACUGGAUCACAGCAGUCUGGGCCUGGACCAGAACCCCUACUGUCAGUCUGGGCCUGGACCAGAACCCCUACUGUCAGUCUGGGCCUGGACCAGAACCCCUACUGUCAGUCUGGGGUUGCACCCUAAACCCCUACUGCAGCAGACUGGGACUGGACCAGAACCCCUACUGUCAGUCUGGGGUUGCACCCUAAACCCCUACUGCAGCAGACUGGGACUGGACCAGAACCCCUACUGUCAGUCUGGGGUUGCACCCUAAACCCCUACUGCAGCAGACUGGGACUGGACCCAAAACCCCGUCUAGGACCGAACCUCUCAGAGCUGUCAUGUAGCCAGUGGACCAUUCAGUGGGUGCUGAACAAUAUCAAAACAUAUCAAUCUAAUGCCUAUCCCCAAAAAAAAGAUGAAAAGAAAAUGAAUCUAGAUUUGUAAAGAAGAAAAGAAGAAGUCAUUUUGUUGUUUUUUUUGGUUAUGAUGGACGUUAGAAUAUGAGUGGAAUUAUUGCCAGGAAGGUUUUUUAGAAUGUGAUUCUAGCUUGUAAAGACGGCUCUCGGCUUGCUCUCGCCUGCCUGCAUUAUGUCAUAACAGUGGCAUAGAGUAUCGUGGACAGUUUUUUUUAAGUUCAGUUGAAGAACAUGUGUCUUUAUUAUGAUCAGCUUCAGUUGUAUCGCUCUGUAGACCAAUCCCUCGUUCUCAUUUUUAGACUUCAGUGUGUCAAUAUUUUGUUUUGCCUUUCGCCUCAGUUCAAUUGAGUUCAGUUCAUCUGUUAUGGCGUGUGAUGUUUCUGUUUUUCCAGACUGUUACCAGCCUUUUAAAAGGAAGACGAAGAGAAAGAAUGAAAAGAAAACUUUAUCUAACAUGACAUGAGACGUAUUGUUCGUUAAGUUACUUAAAGUUGGAAUGAGUAUUA